AUGGAGAAUGAAGAUACUCACUGGUGGAGGUUGUGGUCACUGCUCAGUCGCUGGUGGCUGGUGGAGCUGUGGAUUAAGGUUAGAUUUCACAAGGCUUCGAUGGUCUGCUCAGUCGCUAAGUCGUUGAAGGAGGAGGAGAUGACUUCGUCGUUGGAGGAGGAGGAGAGGACUUCAUCGUUGAAAUAUUUGACAUUUUUUGACCUAGCCUGUGAUUUGGGAAUUUUUAACCGAGUUCGUCAACAAGAAGUUCCUGUCAAGAACUAUAGCGGCACAACAAUACACAGAGCUAGAGUUAGCAACAAUCAUGGGAAGGACAUCAAAUCUCCAAACUCAAACUAUAACACCAAGGGGAAUCGCCUCCGAGAACUAAAGACGAUGACGAUAAAAGUGAAGGAGUGA